AUGACUGGAAAUCUUGAGACUCGCAGUCACAGGGCCGGAGCUGGGCAGCCGGCAGGGGUCAUGGCAAUCACUUUUCCUGGUGGUGCUCAUCUUAGGAAGGUGCAGAGUGAACGUGUGCAGGAGGUGGUGGAUCAUCACGACCAGCUUCUCAAGAGCACAUUGGAUACUGCCAGCUACCAGAAGCUUUAUAGCUUCUACCACCUCAUCAAUGGCUUCGCAAUCCACACUACUGUUUCUCAGGUUGCGAAAUUAAGAACAAUAAAGGAAGUGAGGACGAUAGAGAAAGACAGAGGUGCAAGGCUAAUGACAACAUAUACACCAACCUUUCUUGGUCUUCCAGCAGGAGCAUGGGCAAGGGAAGGAGGACCGCAGAAUGCAGGCGAGGGAAUAGUAAUAGGACUAGUCGACAGCGGCAUCGACCCAACACACCCAAGCUUUGCAAAUACAGCAUCAGACCCUUUCUUGCCAAACAUUCCCCGUUUCUCUGGCACAUGCCAAACAGGUCCCUGGUUCCCAGAGAAUUCCUGCAAUGGGAAGAUAGUUUCUGCUCGUUACUUUUCAGCAGGAGCUGCUGCAUUGAUGCCUCUAAAUGCAUCCAAGGAUUUCUUGUCACCCUUUGAUGCCAAUGGGCAUGGAAGCCAUGUUGCCGCCAUUGCUGCUGCAAACUCUGGUGUCCAGGUCAUCGUGGAUGGCUUUAACUAUGGCAGUGCAAGUGGAAUGGCCCCCCGAGCUCGGAUAGCUGUGUACAAGGCAUUAUAUCCAGACAUAGCAACCCUAGCUGAUGUCCUUUCGGCAAUCGAUCAAGCCAGCCAAGAUGGAGUGGAUAUCCUGUCACUGUCAGUUGGACCUGAUGAACCUCCCAAAGAUAGCCCUUUUACAAUGCUGAAUGUGUUUGACGUGAUGCUCAUGUUUGCACAGAGGGCAGGUAUUUUUGUUGUUCAAGCAGCAGGAAACAAAGGGCCAGACGCAGGCACUGUCAUUUCUUUCAGUCCAUGGGUGAUGGGGGUUGCUGCCUGUCACACUGAUCGAACAUAUGCACCAUAUCUGCUGUUAGGCAAUUAUCUAAGUCUGCCAGGAAUUGGCUUGUCAGGCAAGUCCUCUUCAUCCAUUUACUUUUUAAAUUGGUGGAAGAUGUAACCCAAGUAUCAACUGUGUGCUGCAGCCUCUACCUUGACAGAUUACAAGCUUGUUUCAGCAAAGGAUGCUGCAGUCUUGCCUAAUGUUACAGCUGAGGAAUGCCAGAACCCAGAUGCAUUAACGGCAGAGGUGGUGCAAGGAAGAAUCUUGAUUUGUUCCUUCUCUGCUGGGUUUUUCCAAAGGAACGCAACAAUAUAUGCAGUUCUCAGGACAGCCAGUAAGCUUGGUGCCAUGGGUUUUGUUUUGGUUGCCAACCCACUCUAUGGAGAUUUUACAGCAGAUCCUGUUCCUUUCUCAAUUCCAGGCAUCAUGAUUCCCAGAGUCUCUGACGCGCAGGCACUCAUGGAAUACUAUGAGAAUAAAACACACAGAGAUGAAACAGGAGUUGCGUAUGCAUAUGGUGCAGCAGCAUCAGUCAGAUCAGGAAGGGAAGCAUCAUUUAAUGAGAAGGAAGCUCCCAUUGUGAGCAGGUUCUCGUCUAGAGGUCCAGGAGUCAUUGACUUGAAACUAAGCCCAUCAGACAUCCUGAAACCAGAAAUUCUUGCUCCAGGGCAUACCAUAUGGGCAGCAUGGAGCCCAAUUAGCAUGGUGGAUCCUCUUCUUAAAGGAUACAGUUUUGCACCAUUAUCUGGGACUAGUAUGGCAGCACCACAUGUAGCAGGGAUUGCAGCAUUAGUUAAAGAGCUACAUCCAUCUUGGACUCCAGCCAUGGUGGCAUCUGCACUUGUAACCACUGCCUCUAAAUAUGACAAUAAGGGUAAUCCAAUAAUGGCAGAAGGUUCCUACGGCAAUACAGGUAAUUUAUAUCCUGCUACACCUUUUGAUUAUGGAGCUGGCCUUAUAAAUGCAGCCGCAGCUAUGGAUCCAGGCCUUGCUUUCCAGUCCGGUAAUUUUCCUUACCAAAUUUUAGUAUACAACUAUACAUAUAUCAAAGGAAAGAGAAAAGUAACAUGCUUUCAUUUGUCAGAUUUUGAAGAUUACAUUAGCUUCUUAUGUGCAAUGCCAAAUAUGGAACCCCAAGCAGUGCAAGAUGCCACUGGUAUGCAAUGCAGCAAUUCAUUAGCCUACCCAUCUGACCUCAACCUACCAUCUAUUACUAUAGGAGCCCUGAAAGGAGACCGGUCAGUAUGGAGGAAUGUCACAAAUGUCGCGUCAGGGACAGAAACUUACUUGUGCUCUGUAUUGCCACCAAGGGGAGUGGAGGUUCAAGUGCUACCAUCUUUCUUCACAAUAGCUCCACAGGAAACCCAAGAUUUAGAAAUCAAACUGAGUGUGGUUCAAGCACUUAAUGUUUUCAGCUUUGGUGAGAUUGUUCUAAUAGGAAGCCUUGAUCAUAUAGUGAGACUUCCACUAACAGUAUUUACUCUUCCUGUACACUAAGAACAAGAAGAUCCAUUGAUCAUAUACAAAUCAGCUCCAUGUACAACAAGCAUGUAUUUGUACAACAAGCAUGUAUGACAACCGACGGGGCUUCAGAGGAUGUAAGCUACAAUCUGGCUAUACAAGCAUUGGAAAAUUUCACAUGUUCUAGUCAUCCACUUCGGUAAUGAUUGACAACUGUAUAUAAAUCUCUAACAAGCCGAGCACCUAGGAACAUCAAGCCAUUAUACAUCAACCGCACUCCAUUCAGAUAAUGUCAACUUAAUGCCGUGAAACAGACUAAUAUUUUGUCACAAUUGACAGCUCUAGAUGCACCAUACAACAGCUAUCCCAAAACGUAAUAUGACUUACCAACUCCAGAUGAUACAAGUUUUAGUACCCUUAACAAUCUGCAAGUCAUGGUCCCCUUUAUAAGCUUCUGCUGAAGUUUUUGAGUUUCGCGUUUCUAAUAAUCUAGUUUGACACUUUACAUCUGAAAUUACACGUCAACUAUAUUCUCAUUUGAUCAAGCAUUAUAGACUAAAACUCUGAUUGUGAACAGACAGAAUCACAGGUUCACAGGCUUCCAUUUCGUAAGUUUUUAUGAAGAAAAAGAAUCUCCACAAGCAACGUGUAGGACAGUUACCUGGCUUCCUGUCAUUUUCCAACAGGAGACAAGCUUUAAUUCACUUGAGGAAAAAGCGCAUCACCGAAAAGCAUAACAAUGAACAUGGAUUACCAAUUUACCAUCCAGGAGGGAUUCCUUCAGUUGAGGAACCCAAUUUCUCUAUCACAUCCUCAGGUUUGAUAAGAAAACCACUUUGUGAGUGUGUGAGAGAGAGAGAGAGAGGGAGGGAGAUGCUACCAACAUUAGUUUCUGAGCAUAGAGCAGGAAAAUUCGGUCAUCAGCUGAAUCAAAUCGCAAAAGGAAUCAUUUUCGAAUCAGCAAAAGUUAACAUUAUUCUUUUAGAAAAACUAGCUCGAAAAAAUAAAAGUUUACAAAAUAUAAAGAAUAACAAGCAUUACUGGGGAUGACAAUUGGCACCAACGAAUCAGGUGGUGCAUGUUCAGAUCGAUUUUGGUAACACAGAGAAGAAGACCCAAAUAUGCAAAAAUGGCAACUGCAUGCCAAAGAUUUGUAAGAAUUUUUAGGAAAAAACGUAUAGUACUGAGUACGUCUGUACUCGAAGGAUUACAGCAAAUCUCAUUC